CCCUGGGGCUCAGACUCCCUGGCCGAGGCCGUCCCUGCAGUUGCCUCCUUCUCUUCCUGUAGAAACCGAAAGAAGAUGAAACAAGAAGAGGAAGACCCCAACGGCACAGACCCUCAGAGAGCCCUGGCCUCUCCCCACAGCGCUGGCCCCAGGGAGGCCCAGAAAGCAGGAGAAGCCAAAGAACAGAAUGAUGAAGACCCCGCAAAAAAGAAUUCAGAGCCCGAGGAGCUUGUGGCCAUCGAAAACUACACAGCAACGGAUGAGACACAGCUCAGUUUCUGCAAGGGAGAGAAGCUGCUCGUGCUGAGACGGGUGACGGCCGAGUGGUGGUGGGGUGAGCAGGAGGGCUGCUGCGGGUACAUCCCUGCCAGCUACGUGAGGGAGAGCUUGGAAGACCCGGAGCCUGAAGACACGUGGCAAGACGAGGAAUAUUUUGGCAGCUAUGGAACCCUGAAACUCCACUUGGAAAUGUUGUCAGACCAGCCCAGGACAGCUGUAUACCACCAGGUGAUCCUGCAGCACAGAGAAUUUCUGGAAGACAAAGUGAUUUUGGACGUUGGAUGUGGCACCGGUAUCCUCAGUCUCUUCUGUGCCCAUCACGCACGGCCCAGAGCAGUCUAUGCCGUGGAGGCCAGUGAGAUAGCCCAACACACUGAGCAGCUGGUAUUGCGCAAUGGCUUUGCAGACAAAAUCACUGUCUUCCAGCAGAAGGUGGAGGACGUGGCCCUGCCAGGGAAAGUGGAUGUGCUGGUGUCUGAGUGGAUGGGCACGUGUCUGUUGUUUGAGUUCAUGAUUGAGUCUGUGCUAUAUGCACGGGACAAGUGGCUUUCCCCUGAUGGAGUCAUUUGGCCGACCACGGCUGCAAUCCAUCUCGCCCCUUGCAGUGCUGAGAAGGACUAUGACCACAAAGUCCUCUUCUGGGACAACGCCUAUGAGUUUGACCUCAGCUCUUUAAAAUCUUUGGCCAUCGAGGAAUUUUUUGCCAAGCCCAAGUACAAUCAUAUUUUGGAGCCCGAAGAAUGUCUUUCUGACCCACAUCCUGUCUUCCAGUUGGACAUGAAAACCAUGCAGAUCCCUGACCUUGAGAAGAUGAAAGGCGAGCUCUGCUUCUGUAUUCAGAGGUCUGGGACUCUGCAUGGGUUUUCUGCCUGGUUCAGUGUUGAGUUCCAGAAUGUGGGAGAAGACAGACCGCAGCUGGUGCUGAGCACAGGCCCCUCGGACCCCACAACGCAUUGGAAACAGACCUUAUUUAUGCUGGAUGAGCCUUUGGCCGUCCAUGCCGGAGACGUGGUUACUGGCUCCAGUGCUGCAGAGAAACCCGGUGUGGAGGAGGCAUAUGUCUGUCACCCUGAGCUGGACCAUCACCUCCAAACAAGACCCCACCUCUCCAAAGGUUGGAGAAAAAACCUUCCCGAUCUGGAGAUGAGGCCUGCAGAAGGCCCAGGCCGGCAGGGGGGACAAUGGCCGUGAGGGGUGUGGCUGGGCCCCUGCCCUCCUCCCUGGCAGCUAAACUGAAAUAUGAAAGGCACAGCACCAAAGGCUGGGAGGCCCCUCAGAACAUUGUACAGGUGGGGGAAGCCCCAUUGUACAAAUGAGGGCACUGAGGCCCAUGAAGGCAAAUGGGCUUGUCCUGGCUCAUGCAGGGAGUGGCAGAGCGAGCAGGAGGACCCAAAGGCUGCCUGCCACCACACCGUCCUGCUUGUGCCUCGCAGACCAAAGCCCUUUCUCCGAGAGUUGGGCCGGGGUCCUCCAGCCUCUUCCUUGAGAGUCCUUCAGCUCCAUUUCAUGACUCUCCUCGAUGCUGAACUUCUCAGGCCUCAGUCUUCCAGAGACUUUCUCUGCAGCAUGAUGUCCUAGGAGCCAAAGCCUCUUCCAAGCUCACGAUGUCAAGCCACUCGUCACACACAGCUCUAGCGGAGACGUGCCGAGGACGAAUUUAUCUGACCGUCAUGCGGGGGGUGUGGAGGGAGGGGAGAAGCCCUUCCUGUCUCCUGGUCAUUCCAUGGCCACAAACAGUCCCUUCGUUCUCAGGGCAUCUUCGCUUUGUCCACGGCUCAGUCCUCGCCCACUUUUCAGGGACCAGCUUCCUCUGUGUGCGUGGUUCCAGCCAUCAGCCCUCCCAUGAUUCUUGGAGCUUGCCCACGCCUCAUCCCUUACGGCACAGUAACGUGCUGUGACCUUCCACGCCAUGGGCUCCAUGGGCACCUGCUUUGUCUCCAGGUCUCUGCUGACCCAAAGGGCUGCUUGGAUGUUGUGGGCAGUGCUGGGCCUGUGCUCCUGUCCUUGAUUUCCUGGGAGCUCAAACCCAGGCUUAGUAUCCCUGGCCCAGGCUAUGGACUGCCAUGCGAUUCUGACCUGGGCCUCCCGAUGGAAGCCCAGCAUACACAGUCUAAGGCUCCACCAACGCUGUGCCAGUACCUGGCUGCCCGCAUCCCCUCGCCUCUUGGCUUCUUUGCCACUUUGCUGUAUGCCAGUUUGCCGGACAAUCCCAGGGAGUUGCCUUGGUUUGGGCGGGGAUGGUGUUUGCGUGGCUAUUUUUCCUGCAUCUUCCUAGCAGUGAUCCCAGGCAGUCUUUUACUCGGCCGUCAGCAGUUGGCAUUCUUUUGAAAACCGCUCUGUUGGGGGAAGUAUUCAUUUUAAGUUGUUUGUUAAACUCUGAAUCUCUGUGUGAUUCUGGAAACAGGACUUUUGAGCUGUCCAUGGCAUCAUGACCAACUUUUCUCCUUCUGUGCACUAAAAAGAAGGGCAGAGAUUGCUCUCCCCCGCACGUGGGCUUAGAACAUCCCUUUUGAAACAAGCCAUACCAGAUACCACAAGGCAUCUAACCAAAGCUGUCCUCUAAUUUGGAAGACAAUAAA